AACGCGUCGAACUCGAAGAUGUCUUCAAACUGCUACAGGCGACCGAAGAGGGUCUCACGUCGGACCAAGCGACGGAACGUUUGGGGAUUUUCGGCCCGAACAAGCUCGAAAGCGAGGAGCAAAACCCCUUCCUCCAGUUUUUGUCGUUCAUGUGGAAUCCGCUAUCAUGGGUGAUGGAAGCGGCUGCGCUUGUCGCCAUUGCGCUUUCGAACGGUGGAGGUCGUGAGCCCGAUUGGCCAGACUUUGUCGGUAUCGUCCUAUUGUUGCUCGUCAACUCGGCCAUUGGUUUUUACGAAGAAAGGAAUGCGGGUAAUGCUGUCAAGGCGCUCAUGGACUCGCUCGCUCCCAAGGCUAAAGUCAAGCGAGAUGGUUCAUGGAAGGAGAUUGAGAGCUCGGAUCUCGUGCCGGGUGAUAUGAUUUCGUUCAAGAUUGGUGAUAUUGUUCCUGCGGAUUGUCGAUUGACCGAGGCUAUCAAUGUUUCGAUUGAUCAAGCUGCCCUCACUGGUGAAUCGCUUCCUCAGAGCAAGAAGACGGCGGCUCUACCUGCAAGCAAGGAGAGGCCGAAGGUGUGGUCAUUUCCACCGGUCCCAACACGUUCUUUGGUCGCGCUGCUUCGCUUGUCGGCGCUGAUGACGACACCACUGGCCACUUGCAAAAGAUUUUGGCCCAGAUUGGUUCCUUCUGUCUCGUUGUCAUUGGCAUUUUCGUCAUUCUCGAAAUUUGCGUGCUCUAUGGCAAGUUCCGCUACUC